UGCCUCUACCUGAACGUGUACGUGCCGGGUGUGCCGGAGGAGGGCGCCCAACUGCCCGUCAUGUUCUGGAUUUACGGCGGAGGGUAUAGAAGCGGCAGUGGUUCUGGAGACCAGUUCAGCCCAGACUUUCUCGUCUCCUAUGGCGUUAUAUUCGUCGCUUUUAACUACCGCCUGGGACCCCUUGGUUUUCUGGGAACGGGAGACGCCGUCGCACCUGGCAACGCGGGACUCAAGGACCAGCAGCUGGCGCUGACCUGGGUGCAGAACAACAUCGCCAGCUUCGGCGGCGACCCGCAGCGAGUCACGUUAUUCGGACAAAGCGCCGGUUCGAUGUCUACUUCGGUGCAUUUCGUCUCACCGCUCUCCUCAGGUCUUUUCUCACAAGUCCUCCUUCAGAGUGGGACCGUUAUCACCGAACAUCCUCUCACAAUCGCAGAAGCCCGGAACCAUUCGUUUGGACUGGGUGCCGCACUGGGCUACGAAACGGACGAUUCGCAGCAGCUGAUCGACUUCCUACAGUCUGUGAGCGCUGAAGACCUCUUGCAGGUAGACGACUCACUCAUCAUGCCACAGAAGCCAAUAAUAGGACUCUUAUGGGGACCAAACAUCGAGCCAGACGUGGAGGGUGCUAUCCUGUCUGAAUCCUAUAUUCAGAGACUUAUCGACGGCCGUUUCAACAAGGUGCCUGUCAUGGCGGGCACUGUUUCUGAAGAAUCUGGAGACGAAAUUAUUCGGAAUACGGCAGCGAUCGCCAGUAUGAACGAAGACUUUCUGGCGGCAAUAGGUCCCUUACUACAUCUGCCUACCGUGGAACAGCAAACCGAGGCCGCCUACAAAUUGAGAGACUUCUACUUCGGCAACGACACCAUUUCAUUAGACAAUCCAGACCCUCUGGUUUACUUCUUCGACGACCUCAAAUGGUUCGACCCUAAUGACGGCUUCAUUAGAACCGUUGCCGAGCUCUCCAACCAAACCGUCUAUUUCUAUGUAUUCGACUACAGAGGAGAUAUCAUUCACACAAAUCAGUGGGGAGUUUCACAUGCGGGAGAGUUACCAAUGCUUUUCUACGGAAAAAAUCAAGAGUAUAACUUCGAUCCUGACUCAGAAGAAGACAAAGUGCGCAGAAAUAUGCUGCGGCUCUGGACGAAUUUCGCAAAAUAUGGGAACCCAACCCCUGAGGCUGAUCCUGUGAUUUGGGAACCAUACGACCAGAGCAGCCGCAGCUACCUGCUGAUGCAGGCCAACUUUACACUCGCCCACGACAGGCUUGGGGAGCGCAUGGCAUUCUGGAGAGAGAACGUGCCACUGCUGCCAUUUCCCGACGCCCAGUGA